AUGUCAAGAGAAUAUUUGCAUGAGAUAUUCUGUUCUAUUCAACCACACAGAAAUAAAUUCUUUAAAUUAGGUUCUAACUUCAAUGUGGCCACAUCUCAAUGUCAUGAAGAAACAGAUUCCAAUUUUAUUCAACAUAUGGCUAUUAACAGUGCAGAAGCACUUCCCAUUUGUUCGAAAUAUUUUCCAAAAAUAAGUGAACUAACUCUCCAUGAUAAAGAUAUUAUACAAAGAAAAUCAUAUUUAAUGGAUGACCUACGUCGUAUUUUUUCUCUAGUACAACUGACUAAGUUAACGAUGAAUAAUAUUUUUUAUGAAUUGAAUAUAUUUAUCAAUCUAUUACAAUUGACACCCAAUCUUCAUACAGUUACAUGGAUAUCCAUAAAAGAUACUCCAAAAGAUUUACUUUCACUUCAAGAAAGUAAAGCUUAUCAAUUAGUAUCGAAACAAAAUCAAGUGAAAACGAUCAUUAUCCAAGGUGAUUAUACGAAGAAAAUGAUGGAAGUAUUGAUUCAUCUUUGCCCUCAAGUUCAAAACAUUUCACUUGGUAUAUCUGAUCGAUCACUUGACGCCACAGUUCAUUAUCUCUUAUCAGAAAUUAAUGAUGGUACUCUUCAUUUAUUCUCAUUAUGUAUUCGAAUAGCAAGUCCACAUUGGAUUAAAUAUUGGAAAAUGAUUAUUCAAGUAAAGUUAUUGAUUCAAGCUUUUACUUAUGGUGGGGAGAUUAAUUGUCAGAAAGAAACUCGUUUUCUUUCAUUUCAAUCAAAUAAAUCAUAUUUAUAA